AGCCGAGCUAAGCGGAGUCCAUUAUGCUCCCAGUAUCAUGAGAGCUUUUCCCCCUCCUCUGUGCGGCGUCACGUUCCCUUGCUCUUCCUUCUCCCUCCCCCUCCAUCCUCCUCUCACCGCCACUUCCCCCAAACAACACGGCGAUUCUACAUUAGCCGACAACAUGGAUGCCGUCAAAACCUUUAACACCGAGCUAUAUUCACUGAAUGACUACAAGCCACCUAUAUCUAAAGCCAAAAUGACCCAGAUAACCAAGGCUGCUAUUAAAGCCAUUAAGUUUUACAAGCACGUUGUUCAGAGCGUUGAAAAAUUCGUCCAGAAGUGCAAGCCAGAAUAUAAGGUUUCUGGGUUGUAUGUCAUUGAUUCAAUUGUCCGUCAAUCCAGACAUCAGUUCGGUCAAGACAAGGAUCUUUUUGCACCUCGUUUUAGCAAUAAUAUAAUUAAUACUUUUCAGAAUCUGUACCGUUGUCCUGCUGAUGAGAAGAGCAAAAUUGUAAGAGUUCUGAAUCUCUGGCAGAAGAAUAAUGUAUUUAAAAGUGAAAUUAUUCAGCCACUUCUUGAUAUGGCUGCUGGGAUCCCUCCUCCAGUUGUCACACCAGUCUUACCCAGUACUACUGCUGCAAUGAGCAACACUCCAGGAACACCAGUAACCCCAGUUACACCAGCAAAUAUUGUUCAGGGAAUACCUGAUCCGUGGAUUGCACAGAUAAACAACACAGAUACCCUUGCUGCUGUGGCACAGAUUCUGCAGAGCCCUCAGGGACAACAGCUCCAACAGCUUGUACAGUCUUUGCACAUCCAACAGCAGAAGCCUCAACCUUCUCUCCUACAAGCACUGGAUGCUGGUCUUGUGGUUCAACUGCAGGCACUUACAGCUCAACUUACAGCAGCGGCUGCUACUUCUAAUCCUCUCAACCAACUAGAACAAAGUGUUUCUCUUAGCAAGAAAUUAAUGGAUAGGUUUGAUUUUGGAGAUGACUCUAACCAGCCAGAAGAUCCCAAAAAGGAGACCCAACAAAUCCCUCUGAUUCCUGAAUCUGUGAAUAACUCAAUUUUCCAUCAACUUGCGGAACAUUUGCAGCAACAAAAUCUUGAGCAUCUUCGCCAGCAAUUACUGGAGCAGCAGCAGCAUUCUACAAAGGUAACAGCUCAGGAAAAUCAGGACUUCAUGUCUGAAUCUGAGAACUCUGCGACACCUUCCCAGGAUGACAGCCAACAACCAUUUUUGGAGUCUGAAUCACAAAUGCAUACCUCCAUGAACAUGCAACAAGAAGAUAUGGACAUUGAAGAAACAAUGGAUGGAAAUGAAGAGAUAUUUGAAAAAGAAGAUAAGAAAAUAAUGAAAGAAGAAAGACCUAGGACACGUUCAAAGUCUCGCUCAAGGUCACCGAGGAAAAGACGAUCGCGAUCAAGGUCUGGCUCCAGGAAGCGCAAACAUAGAAAACGCUCACGGUCACGGUCAAGGGAGAGAAAACGCAAAACAUCCCGCUCAUAUUCAAGUGAAAGAAGGGCAAGAGAGCGAGAGAAAGAACGACAGAAAAAAGGACUUCCUCCUAUCAGAUCUAAAACUCUUAGUGUCUGCAGCACCACACUCUGGGUUGGUCAGGUUGACAAAAAAGCCACACAGCAGGAUUUGACCAAUGUAUUUGAAGAAUUUGGACAGAUUGAAUCAAUAAAUAUGAUUCCCCCAAGGGGCUGCGCAUAUGUCUGCAUGGUUCAUAGACAAGAUUCCUAUCGAGCACUUCAGAAACUUAGUUCUAGCUCUUGUAAAAUUGGAUCCAAAAUCAUCAAGAUUGCUUGGGCUUUGAACAAAGGCGUAAAAACUGAAUAUAAGCAAUUUUGGGAUGUUGAUCUUGGUGUAACAUAUAUACCUUGGGAAAAGGUCAAGGUGGAUGACUUAGAAGGAUUUGCUGAAGGUGGAAUGAUUGAUCAGGAAAGUGUGAAUAAUGAGUGGAAAGCGCAGAAAAGUUCUGCAGCAGUAGGUGCUAAAGAGUCCACACCUCAUAUUGUCACAGAAGCCCCCACUACCAUUGUCGCCUCUGCUCCCACUCCAGUUGUCACCACAACAACCCAGUCUACAGUUGUUCAGAAGAAUUCUGCUGUAUCCUCACAGCCUGAGGCAUAUACUCAGCCUGUUGCAGUUCUUCAGAUCCCAGUUGCUCCAGCUGUAAACCUAGUUCCACCAGCAUAUCCUGUCUCAAUGACUGUACCUCCACCAGGCUAUUCUGCACUUCCACCACCUCCUUUCAUGAGGGCUUCUUUUAAUCCUUCGCAGCCACCACCAGGUUUUAUUCCACCACCUCUUCCUCCACCUGCUAUUCCUCCUCCAGCUAUUAGCUCAGCACUUCCAGCAGCCACUCAAAGUACAGUGACCAGCAACACUGGGAUAUUAGCUGUGCAACCGCCAUCACCUAUUAUAGCAAGCUUGCCUCAUGUAAACAUCCCUACUCGAAUGACGGGUAUGCCUUUGUUAGAUGUUCAAGGGUUACUUUCACAGACAGCAUCAGCAAGAUUUACUUUGUUACAUCCAGGGAUACCUCCACUUCCACCACCACCAAGGAGUAUGCUCCCUCCAGGACUGAUUGACCCGAAUAUUCAUCCAUUGCCUUUCCCUCUAGGGGAUAUUGUUUCACUUCCUGACAGAUCUUUUGGAGUUCAAGGCAGAUUAGAUUCUGAUACUGUUAAUCUAAAAGAAAAGAGGCAGUCUCUGCCAGGCAAUAGUAUUCAGGAGGGGGAUCAAGAUUACCGUUUUCCUCCAGUUGAAAAUCGUCAAAACUCAUGUAAACCAUCUACAGAAAAACAUGAAAGCAAGACAAUGCCAAGUACAGGUAACAAAGAAAUGCAAGGUGUAAGGGGUACAGAUGAAAAUGUUCAAGCAAGAAAUGCAGAUGAUGACCAUGAGCCACAAGACAUGGCCGUUGUAGAUUCCUCUGAAAGCCAAGUAAAAUCUAUGGAAGAGACUUGUGUAGCUCAUUUAUCUAGUGAUGAUUUAAAUGAGGAUGAAAGGAAGCCUGAAGCAGAUGCCUUUGAAAGUUUAAGACGACCGGUUCAACAAGAAUAUGACUAUAAGGGAACAAAUAUUUUAGAUGCUCAUGAUGGCCAAGUCAGGCAACCAAUAAAUGACAAAAAACUGUUUAGAGGCCCAACAAUAGACAUACUGCCACCAUUUCAAAGGUAUCCAGGUGAUAGAGAGAUGUUUGUUCGGCCAGCUUUAGGGAUAAGAGAUCCCUUUGGAAUGCCAUAUUUAGAGACACAUGAUCAUUUUGGCAGGCCUUCUUUGGAGAAUCCUUUUAAACACCCUCUUUUAGAUGGCAGAAACCAUUAUGGGAGGCCACCAAUGGAUGGUAGAGAGCAUUUUGGAAGACCACAACCAGAUAUAAGAGAGAACCAUGGAAGAAUUGAUAGUACUGGGAAGCAAUUACAUUUCCCAUUAGAAAAACCAUGGGGGCAUCAGGAAGAUUUUGAUGAAAGAGCCCACCACUCUUUCACUGGUUUUCAAGGACUAAAAGGUUUUCAUGAUGAAAGGCAUCAUCAUGCAAACUUUAGGCAGGAGCAUCGAAAUACUCCAAAUUGGAACAGAGGGUUUGAACAAGCUACACAUAGGGAUUUUGAUGACCGUCGACACUCAUGGGAAAGACAGGUUGAUAGGGAUGAACGAGAUUUUGAUUUCCGUAGAGAAGUUAAUGGUAAAACUUUUGGAAGAGAGAGAGAGUCAGACAACUGGGUGCCUCCACAGCCUCAGCCAAAUGUUUUUGAGUAUUUCCCAGAGGCUACUUCUACUCAAAACAGUAGCAAACCUCAAGUUAAUGGAGAAAAUACAGAGACUAGCAAUGAAAAAGAAACUGUAAGCAAAUCUGAUGAUCCUGAACUCUGUGAACAGAAAGAAACAUCAGUUAAAGAAAGUGAAGAGAAUGACAUCAAGGAAACUGAGACAGAAAGUCAAUUUGUGGUUGAAAGCACAGAGACUGAAGGGACAUAAUCAUCACUCAGUAGGUAAAGAUACCUUUUGUAAAGUUGUUGCAUCUCUGUCAUAGAUUAAUGGCUGAUUGGACCUUAUUAGUUUGCUUAUUGUCAGCCAUACCUAAAUUAAUCUGAAGUUACUAUUAAACUCUCAGUUAAACUGACUUGUAUAGGCUGCUCUUAAUCAAAAAAUGAUAGUUUUUUAAUUUGCAAAAUAGAAAUCACAGUUAUUGGCCCACUUGCUUUUAGCCAUAAAUAGGUCUUUAAUAACCUGUCAAGCAAAGAGACUUCCUAUGGAAGAUUUUUUUUUCUUAUUUUUACUUUUUUUUUUUCUUCUGCCAUUGGGUUGGAUAUUGUAACUAAUUUAGGCUGCUCUUGAAUUUUAAAAUGUAGACAAAGCUGUGAUUGAUAAUACGUUACUUAAAAAUUGCUCUGGCAAUCUUUGCAGAUCGCAGUACCAAGACACAAAAAUGUUUUUUUUUGUUUGUUUUUUUUUGUAAAAUCUACUUUACAACUCAUGUAAUUAUCCAAAGUUUCUGUGUUUGUGAUUUUGUUUCUUGUACUGCAGUGAGUAAAAAAGUAAUAUGGAAAGUAUGUUUCAAUGUUGGGUGCAUUAUGUUUUUAGAUUCCAAUAAAACAUUUGUUUGA